AAAUAUUGAGAAAUAAAAGGCGAUAAAGCAAAGUGAAAAUGCACAAACUGCUCGAAUUCCAAGCUGUGGUGCUUGCAGCUGGCAGAGGAUCGCGAAUGCCAGAUGUAGGUGGAGAAGUAUCGAAAUGCCUCUUACCUGUGGGACCAUAUCCAGUCUUGUGGUAUUCCCUGAAUAUGCUUGAGAGGAUUGGCUUUCAGGAAACAAUGGUGGUAGUGCUUGAUGAAGAUAAAUCAAAUAUUUUGAAUGCAUUAGAAAGAUGCCCUCUUAAAAUCAAACAUGAUCUAAUAGUCAUUCCAUCGGAAGAAGACUGGGGCACAGCCAAUUCCCUCAAACACAUCAGCAGCCGAGUCACUACUGAUCUUCUGGUAGUCUCUGGAGAUCUGAUAUCAAGUAUCAACCUCAAUGAAGUACUGAAUUUGUACAGAAAACAUGAUGCAGCACUCACUACUUUGUUCUUCAAUAACGGCCCUGAAGAAUGGAUAGAGUUGCCCGGACUCAAGUCAAAAACAAAACCUGACAAGGACCUGGUUUGCAUAGAUAAAGAAACUCAAAGACUUGUCUUCCUAGCUAGUGCCAGUGACUUCGAAGAAAAUGUUACAGUACCAAGACUGCUUGUAAAGAAGUUUGACUCAAUUAGUAUGUACAGUAGACUCUUAGAUGCCCAUGUUUAUGUCAUGAAAAAGUGGGUGCUCAAUUACCUUGUAGAAACAGAUAAAUUUACAUCUGUCAAAGGAGAACUCGUGCCCCAUAUAAUAAAGAAGCAGCUCUCAAAACCUAAAAACCCAGCAGAGAAGAAGGGCACUUCAGAGAAAAAUGUAGAUAUCACUAAAGAAAUCUUUGAUUUUGCCACAGAAAGUGGGUACGAAUCUAAGAUCAGGGAAAUGUCUUCGUACAAUGAUCAUAAGCUUGGAACUAAAGGAGUUUACUAUAAUGAUUUAAUCAGAUGCUAUGCUCACAUACCUGAUAAAAAUACUUUUGGCAUGAGAGUGAACACUCUUUCUUCAUUCUAUUUGUGUAAUAGCAAGAUAUGGUCAAAAUGGGAAGAAAUAACUGGGGCACCCCUUGUCGAUAGAUUCCAUCCGAAUAGUGAAGUGAAAACUAAACAAAUAGAUGAAACAAGUACUGUAGGAGAGAAGAGUGUAGUUAGUGAGAAAACCUCCAUCAAGAAUACAUUUAUUGGUGCCAAUUGCACCAUCGAAAAUAAAGUCAGACUGACUAACUGCAUUCUAAUGAAUAAUGUUACAAUUAAAGAAGGCUGCGUCCUCCAAGAUAGCGUGAUAUACACCGGCGCAACCGUAGACACCGGUUGCUCCCUACAGCACUGCCUCGUCGGUCCCCACCACAUAGUCGCCGCCUCCACCACUAGCAACCAUCAGCUCCACGCGGAGACCACGGAAAAUAUGAUAACACUCGGAUAGUCGGACAUGUGGAAAUUGAACCCACGAACGCUGGCUUGCGGUGACUGCUCUGACCACCCAACUACAGCGAUCAGUUAACCUGUCGAAUGGUCCUUGGGUCGUGAAAGAUAAGAAAGAAAUAUUUCACCAGAUCAGCGGCAUAACAACGCGUGAAAUUGCAUCCAGGGAAUGCGACGCCUGCACCUGACUGACAGGCACCUACGGGUGAUGCUGUGGUGCAUACUGCUCGGUCUACAGCCUGCCUUCGGAGGCAUCCUAGACCCCUUCAACUGGGCUCGAUCUGACAGAAUAGAGGUCAACAUACCCUGGCUACCAUUUGAAAAUGAAACAAGAUGCUACGACGACCUCGGUUGCCUCAACAUCACAAGGAGUUGGUACCACCUAAUCCACCGGCCUUUCAACGUAUUUCCUCUGCCCAGAGUUGUUAUCAAUACAAGGUUCAUUCUCUAUACAAAGAAGAAUCCCACAGACGGACAGUUGCUGAACGUGAAUGUGAACAAGACCAUCGUGAAGUCCAAUUUUAAUCCACAGCGUCUCACCAAGAUGAUCAUACACGGGUUCAUUGACACACCACUGUCCAACUGGGUAAGCGAGAUGAAAGACGAGUUGGUAAAGGCGGGCGACUUCAACGUGGUGGUGGUGGACUGGGCGGGCGGCAGUCUGCCGCUCUACACGCAGGCCACGGCCAACACCCGCCUCGUGGGGCUGGAGGUGGCGCAUUUUAUUAACACAUUACAGAAAGAACAUGGCCUGAAUCCACUGGAUGUCCACAUCAUAGGCCAUUCAUUAGGAGCGCACACAGCUGGCUACGCCGGAGAGAGAAUACAAGGCUUAGGAAGAAUAACAGGGCUAGACCCCGCCGAGCCAUACUUCCAAGGAAUGCCGACGCACGUUCGGUUGGACCCCACAGACGCGCAGUUUGUAGAUGUUAUACACACUGACGGAAAGAGCAUCUUUCUAUUAGAUUUUGUGUUUAUGGCAGGAUAUGGGAUGUCGCAACCGGUUGGACAUUUGGACUUUUACCCUAACAACGGCAAGGAGCAGCCUGGCUGUGACCUAACGGAGGGACCACUAGUGCCCCUGACCCUCGUCAAGCAAGGUCUCGAAGAGGCGUCUCGAGUACUGGUCGCUUGCAACCACGUAAGGGCUAUCAAACUCUUCACCGAGUCAAUAAACGGGAAAUGCCCUUACAUAGGACACCAAUGUCCGUCAUACCAGCACUUCUUAGAUGGAAAAUGUUUCCACUGCGGUCAUGGUUGCGCUAUAAUGGGAUUCCAUGCUGACAGUUCUCCCGGCUUGAUUACAAAUAAAGAUAAUGAGACCGAGAACGAAGUGUACCCUUCAGAGGAGCACGACACCAUUGGGGCCAAGUACUACCUAAGCACUGGCAAAGAACAACCAUUUUGCCAACGGCACUACAAGGUGUCUAUUCAGCUAGCAAACCCUAAAGGAGCAGAAUCUUGGGUCCAGGGCUUUUUAAAAGUGACUCUUCUGUCAGAUCGCGGUGUUAUCCGAGGGAUGGACUUAACACCAAAUAACUAUGUUAAAUUAGAACAUGGCACAUCGUACACAAUUGUAGUAACACAUCCCAUGGAUAUGGGAGGUAAAGUUAGGAAGGUGGAGUUAUCGUGGGAGUACGACAUGAAUGUACUGGAGCCGCGAUCGCUCUGCAUCCUGUGGUGCAAUGACCGGCUCUACGUCAAGUCGGUAACCGUUGACCAAAUGGAAUUACCAAGUCGAGGGAAAAGAAACGUAGACUUCAGUAGCAAAUUGUGUACGCCGAAACGUGAAUUUGCUGAGAUCCCCAACCGUGGCUCCGCCAGUUUCUACGACAACUGCGGCAGGUAGCUGUGCCAUACAACCAACAUUGGACUUGUUAUUGUGUUAGGUCUAACAUUUAGACCCGCCAAAAGCUUUAAAUACGCCAGACGAGGGACACAAAGUGCCACCAGUCUGGUGACAAGUUGUUAAAGUGAUCGUGACUGUCCUCAGUGAUGUUGUUACAGGGAGAAGAAAGAAAUAUCUUUCUUUAAAUUAUAAAAAAUUGUUGAAUCUGUUAUAGGACUAAGUGAGAGUUAUUUUUAUAGUAUUGUAUUUUAUAAUUACGAUGUACUGAUUGAAA